AAGAUUUUGUAAGAGAAACAAAGAAAAUCAUUGACAUUUGAGAAUAGUAAACAAACCAAAUCAAUUUAAUUCUGUUGAUCGUUUUAAUUUUGUUCGUAAUCACAAUUAACUUGGACUUUCAUGCAUAUUGUUAAAAUCAAUCACGAAACCUUUGCCCAAAUUUUCCUGAGUCUUCCUGGAUCUAAUCAUGAGGCUCAUGAGUUUGGUUCUACUUCAAUAUCACUUGAAGUGCUUGAUUUUUAUAUUGACAAAAAAUUGAAAGAAUUGGAAGAUAAAUUAGAAGCUGAAAGACUUGGUGGUGAAAAUGAUGAUAAUUUCAAUGAAUCAAUUGUCAAUCAUUAUAAUUUUUGGUCAUCUGAUGGACGUUUAGGACCAUCUCAUGUUCUGUUUGAUGUCACAUCAAUUGUGGGAUCAGUUAAAACGGGAUUUGAUAAAUUAUCUCUUUCUGGUCAACAUGAAUUCUCCUCGAUAAGAGCGAAUGUCGCAGUUUUCAAAGGCAAAUGGAUUUACGAGGUUAUGCUUGUUUCCAAAGGCAUAAUGCAAGUUGGUUGGUCAACUUAUCGAUGCUCUUUCUCUCAACAACAAGGUGUCGGUGAUACCAGAGACUCGUACGCUUUUGAUGGAAGUCGAAUGAGAAAAUGGAACCUAACAACCAAUAAAUACGGUGAACAUUGGCAUCCAGGAGAUGUGAUUGGUUGUGCUAUCGAUUUGGACAAAGGAACCAUGGAUUUUUAUCGUAACGGUAAACACCUUGGACGAGCAUUUAAUCGAGUUCGAUUGGGCUUAGGGUUUGCCUAUUUUCCUGCCGUUAGUCUUGGUGCAAAUGAAUCAUUGAUUGCCAACUUUGGUGCUACUCCAUUGAAAUAUCCUGUGAAAGGAUAUCAACCACUCGAGGCUAUACCUUAUAGUAACAUCCGAAAGACAGAAUUACUAUUGGAUUGGUUAUUCGCUAUCAUACCGAUGAAGAUGAACAAUGAUUGGCUUCCAAAUCAGUUUAUCGUUAACUCACCCAAUUCCAAUCUCAAUGUGAACUCAUUUCUUUUGGGUAAUUUGAUCUUACGACGAUUGGGCUCAUUUCUAACCAAUAAAUACAUCAAUGAACAAUGUUUACUUCGGAAACUAUUGAUCUGUAAUAACAGCCAAAUAAUUCACGGGCUACUUGAUCUUCUUUGGGCUCUCAUGGAAAAAUCUCAAAUCCAUGAUUGUAUCGAUCAUAUUGCCACUUCACUUGUCAACUCUUACCAUUUUUCACAAUUUGACGAUAAAUCGAGUGCCUCAGCAACUGUAUCUACAACCGAAUCAACCUCUUUCCAUACCCUUCUUGACGCUUAUCAUCUCUCAUCACAAUCUUCAUUACCAUCAUCCUUUUGCAUUUCGACUCAAAAACAAUAUCUACUGGUAGCUCUUUCAUUGGUUCAACAUCCUCCGACCAGAAUUUAUCUUCUUAAUCAUGUUCUUUUUGAUAAAGUCAAAUUUCCGCAGCUUUUUAUUGGACGAACUGUAAUGGACGAUGAUCUAUUAGAGAGAGAAAUUUUUCCCAAUUUAACUUUACAAUCUCUUGCUUCUCCCGAUGCAUAUAAAAUUUUACGCAGCAGUGAGAUUGAAAAUGCACUCACGGAAUUGGAGUCACUUCACCAAAUGAUUUUGGAUACUCUAAUUUUCCAGGAUGAGCUUUGCCGAGUUAUCUUUCUUACCAAAUUUGAUUCUUUCCUAAAAGAAACAACCAGUUCCUUGAAUCCUCGUUUGAUCUCCAACGGCCUGGAAGUACCAGGCUCUUCACCGGCAACUCUCGCCAUUUUUCAUCGAUUAACAUCACUAAUUCGUGUUCAAUAUGAAUCAAUGAUCAACGUUCUACCGAUCAGUUUCUUUGUCGAUCCUUGUUCAGUUUCAGCGGAUGUUUGUCGAGUUGGUGGAGUGAUAACUCAUCUCAAUAAAACUUAUGAGAAAGAGAUUGGUCGAUACAUCGAAACAUCAACAACCCUCAACCCACUUUUAAAACAUGUUUACGUUAUUAUCGAUGGUCUUGUGCGACUCUAUCCAACGGGUGCUCACAAACAAUUGAGUAAAUACUGCGCAAUCAGGGAGCAUUUGUUAGAACUUGCUGAUUCCAUUGAUGAGCUGAAAAAGAUGGAAAAUGCUGGCGAGGAAAAUAAGGAAGUGAUUCAAAAUACGAUUCAAGUUUUGGAGAAAGAAUUUCUAACUCGAGCUCGACAAAUGGCUCUAAUCAAUUCGACGGUUUUAACAUCUUCCAAACGAGCUGAUAUUUACUGGCUUCUCAAAUUACUUCUAAAUACUCUUGAUCAUGCUUCUUCCUGUUCAUAUCUAUUCAGUUUCAUACCCGAUUAUCACAUUGAAUCUUGUCUAAAUCUGAGCUAUGCGAUCCGUUUCUACUUUGGUUCGACAAUUUCUUCCAAGUACAAGGGAAGUUCAACAUUCUCUGGACUUUUCAAUCCUGAACAAGAGAAAGAAUAUCAUGAAUUACUCCAACAGUUGUGCGUUUUUAUAGCUUCACAUUUCGGCGAUGAGAGGAUCGUAAACGCUGAUCUCCGUGAAAGUAUUGUCCAAGCUUUGGCUUCUCUUGUCUCCAAUCAAGAGACUCUACGUAUUCUAGAAUCAAUACCACAAUCUAGUCGAUUAAAAAUGAUUAAAUCACUUACUGCUCCAUAUGAAAAUCGAGCUUGGGGACAAUCUAAUUGGAUUCUUUUACGAUUAUGGAAAGGGAAUGGAUUUGCAUUUAAAUAUUCAUCUCCAAGUAAUUUAGCCUUCAAGUUGAACAUUCCCAACACGAAUCGUGAAGUUUUCUCAGCUUUAAGUAACAUCAAACCUUGUCCAUCUCCUGUUUUCCAAAGAGAGUUAACCGAAUACCUUACCUCGAAUCCUGAUAUUUCCAAUUCUUUCAUCUCUUCAAUUGUAAAUCAGCUAAAUUGGUCUUUCUCCGAGUUCAUCGGGAUGCUCCAAGAGAUUCAAAACAAUGCUCAACGACCUGAGAAAGUUUUUGUCGAUGCUCGACAGUUGAAAAUUUGCUGUACCUGUUUCGAUUUAUCAAUAUCGUUAUUAAGAGUUCUCGAAAUGUUGGCCAGUAAUAGUCAUCGUCUACUUGUUGCUGCUCAAGGAAACAAUCUUAUCACAAGUCAAUUAUGUAGCACUUUAAAUCAAAUUUUAAACCGAGUAACAGUUUCAACGGGUUCAUUUGAAUAUGUAAUUGAUUUAGAUAUGAUUGGUUUGGAAUCAAUCAAUCAUUUUCCUAUUCUUAGUGCUGUUUCUGGUAUUCUAAUUGCUCUUGUACUCAAAGGUGAACCAGAAGAUUGUGACAAAGCAAUUAAUGCAAUCAUUUGGGAUGCUAAUUUCCAAUCAAGUAGUUUACUAUUUCUAACUGGUCAAAAUUUGAAUUCAUCUCCACGACCUUUUCGAUUUGAUGAUUUCACUGAGGUUUCACCUCAAGAAUUAGCUCAACUUCAUCAAGCGGUAAAUAUCAUCUUGACUCGUUCUCAUGCAAAUGAGAUAUCUAAAACCGUUGAUAAUAUAAAUGAAGAUGAUCUAUGCACCAUUUGCUACGCUGAUAAAAAGACUGCGACUUUUGUACCUUGCGGACAUUCAUCAUGCAGAGCUUGCAUUUCAAGGCAUUUUCUCAAGCACUCAGACUGUUUCUUUUGUAAAGCAACACUGGAACGCGCAAUUUUAACGGAUCCUGACAGUGUUUUAUUCCCAGAGACUAAAUAAUAAUAAUAAUACUGAGAUAAUAUCAUUUAAAUUUGCUUAAAAGCAGCUACGAUCUAAGUUAAUCAUUAAAAAGCUUUAUACUCAACAA